GCUUCGUGCCGUCCCGCUUCCGCGGCCCCGCCCGCAGCCCAUGGCGCCCGGCCCUCUCGGGCCCUAAAGUCCCUGGGCAGCUGUGAACUAGCCCGUGCCCCCGCCCCUUCGCUCUGCUUCUUCCACCACUGCCUCCCGAAAUUCAAUCUCCCCCUUUGGAGCAGUGUACGCUGAGCGGGACGGCCCGGGCAGCCGCUCCGCCCGCGCUACUUUUGUGCCGCAGCUGCCCCGGGCGCGGCGGGUGCCCCACCGCACUCCUGCGCCACAGGAGAACGAGCCGUGCCCGGGGGGGCCGGGCUUAGGGCCGCGCUGGGGGCCGCCGGGAGGCACAGGCAGUUCUCAAAGGGAAGGAGAGGCGGCGCCGAGAGGAGAGACGAUCGGGCGUCUGCGGCUAGCCGUUCCCGAGCCCCCUGCGUCCCUGCCCGCGCAGCCUGCGGUCCGCGGACACCAUGGCCGGCGAGAUCGAGGAUCUGAACAGCCGGGAGGCGCAGACUGUCUGCGACGGCCUGGGACGCUACGAGGACACGCUGCGGGGCGCAGUCCGGGAGAUCCAUAUGGACAUCCAGCUGUUCAAGCAGGGGGUAGGCCGGCAGGUGGAGGAGGUGCUGCGCCUCGCCAGCCCCCUGGCACACGCUGUCUCUGAGCUGCAGCAGGAGAACCGGCGCUUGCGGGUGCAGCUGGAGCGCCUGUCUCGGCAGGUGGAGGCCCUGGGCCGGUCGGCGGGGCUGCCGCAGGAGUGGGUGAAGGAGGCGGCGGAGAGCGCUCAGGCCGUGGGGCCCGGCUCGCCGGGGCAAGGCUCGGCCGACGGCACGUUUUCCAGUCAUGCCAAGCUAGCGGGCACUGGCCGGAGCCAAAGUGUAGACCUGGAUGACCACCAGAAACCUGAAUUUAGAAGAGUUUUUAGUUCUUCCAUCAUUGAAAAUGGGCAUCGAUCUUCAUCAUCAGGUCAGGCAAAAGCCGCCCAUGAGCUGACCUCUUUUCAGAUGUCAGAAUCUUCUUCCCCUGAAGCCCAUGCCCCUGCAGUCACCUUACAGAUGCCCCACCUUCCCGUUACUGCAGUAACCAGGACAUCUGAGAAGUUUUCAGGAGAGAACAUCUGUUCAACAGGAACAAUUAAUACAUCUUCUUGCCUGCUGGGACAGGGCAAGAGCACAAAUACAAUGGGAGUAAAACCUUCCAACCAGCCAGUGAAGGACUGGAAUUCAGUUACAAUGAGAACAGUGGAUUCAUCUGCCACUGGAGAGAAUGCUACUUCUGCCACCAAGUCUGUCUCAACUGUGGACUAUGGGCUGCGUAGUGGAACCAAAACUGGUGAAAGUGCCAUUGACAGUUACUGUGAUGUGACCGUGACCCCCAGCUCUCACUCGCCUCCUCCUACCGUACAUCGCCAAGUUGAAAGGAGGCGAGAACUGGUGCGGUCUCAGACGCUCCCGCGGACUAUAGGAACGCAGGCCAGAAAAGCGCUUUUCGAGAAAUUUGAACGUGAUGAUGGAAAAGGAAAAGGAGAAUCCAGAGCUAAGCUGAAGAGGUCGCUGAGUUUUGGGGUUGCCAGCGCUAGCAGCAUUAAACAAAUUCUGUUAGACUGGUGUCGCUCAAAAACCAUAGGAUACAAGCACACUGAUCUCCAGAACUUCUCCUCAAGCUGGAAUGAUGGGAUGGCAUUCUGUGCUCUUGUUCAUUCUUUCUUUCCUGAAGCUUUUGAUUAUAAUAAGCUUGACCCGGCUAAUCGCAAGCAGAACUUUGAGCUGGCCUUCACAACGGCUGAAAAAAUGGCUCACUGUGAUCGUCUGAUAGAAGUGGAAGACAUGAUGGUGAUGGGUCACAAGCCAGAUCCCAUGUGCGUCUUCACCUACGUCCAGUCCCUAUACAGUCAUCUACGACAUUUUGAAUAAAACCAUUGACACCUCUCCAGCCAGAAGGGUCAAGUACACCAUGCUAAUGGGAAGAGUGACAUUUUGCAAAUGGGACACAUUAUUAUUUCUUGCUUUUUACUGCUUACGUUCAGCUGUGUGGCUGGCUGACUGAAGUAUUGCUGAGCAGUGCCCUGAAGUAUUGAUCACAUCACCAUGUCACUAAUACAGAAAUGGGUCUGAAAAGACAUUGGCAAAGGCAAAUGCUGUCAUUUUGGUGCUAGUAGUAGGUUGGAUUUUUAGGGCUUUUAUGUUUAAAGAUCCCAGGAAGCAAAUUUCCUUCUCCUAUCUCUGUAAGGCUGGGGACAAUUUUAUGCAGUGAUUCUGCUAUGAAGGUGUUCCAUCUUAAAAUGCAGGUAAAACUCCAGAAGAUAGCACCUUCAGUUUUACUUCUCUGUUGAGCGUAGUACAAAAGAAAUAGGAGAUGGACAAGGAAAAUUCUGUUUAGCAAGUAAUAACCUAGAGUACUCAACCACUCGGGCAAUAAUGCUUCUCCUCCAACCCUACCCCUCCACUCCGGCAUACACACACAGAGAUCAAACAGGCAUUGUUUUGUUCUCUUAAAGCAUAAAGAGAACAUAACCUCUUGUCUGAUGAGUGUGGGGACAGAUUACUAUGUUACAUAAUGGCAUUUGUCUGUAAUGGUCGAAUCUAAUGUGAUUUGCUGAGAGGCUUGCUUAAAGCCUCUACUGGCAGUGCUGGAUUAAUUUCUUGAUAAGAAUAGCAGCAGCUGGGGCUGUUCUGUGUCUGAGAUUGUGUGCUUGCAUGGUUUAUGAUUGCAGGAAAGGUGGGAGUACCUGGCACCUGGUAUAAAAUCCUUUGAAUAGUUGUAAUAGAAACAAGCCUGUAAUGUGCUUUUACCGGGACUCAGGGGAGAGCAGCUCUUCAGUGUGAGAAGGAGUGAACUCUUUACAACUGGUUCAGGUCAUAUGCUGACUGAGGUAGAUGAAUAAUACACAAAAAAUACAUGAAAGGUGUGGGAGUUUUGAAAUGAGUUGCACUAGUUUCAGUUUUCAGUUAAAUUAGCGUUAAAACCACAGUACAGUUAGAUUAUUCCAGAUUUACUAGGCAAAAUGCUCGUGUGUCACUCUUUCUGGCUUUCUUUUUGAUAAAUCAACAGUGUUGUUUUCACAAUGAACGUUAAAACCACUAAAAAAAUGUACUUAAAAAAAGCCUUCUAAGGCUCAUAGAAAGUAAAAAUUGAAAGCCACAAGUCCUCUGCUCAUGCUAGAGAAUGUUUUUUAACCUGCCCCAGUGCUUUUUGUAGAUAUUUAGAAAGAUUAAUUUGGUUCUGUAUUGAUGACCAUUUAUAAUAAAAUAUAUCAAGCAUUCUUCAGAUUUAUUGCAUCUUUUUAGAAUGAUGCGACAGAUAACAAAGUAAAAUCAGUGAAAACAACACAGAGCUUUUACUUAAAAGAUUUUUAUUCCAGUCAUGACUCUGUGUGCUCUGAAUUACAGUUUAAAAAGUACAGAAGUUCAAUUGCAUUUGGAAUAUGAUUUUAGUUCAGUCUCCCUUUCUAGUCAAGUUUACUUAAGAAACCACGAACGAAGCAACCGCUUUGUUAGCAUAUAAGUGCCAUUGUCUUCAGUUUUUUGCUUUGUCUUGGACGACCAUAAUUCUAAGGAGUAAGCAUGCACCUGUAGCUCCACCAAAUGCACUGUAAGGAUAAACACAUUGUACUUAUAUUUUGGAGGAGUUUGGAUUAAGCAUGAUGAGAAAUCUGUCCACAACUGGCACACAGAAUAUACCUAUUUACAUUCUUACAGUAGAAUACUUUUUAUUGAUUAGCAGAGCCAAGUUCCAUCGUAACUACCACAAGAGGGGCAAUACUGGCUUCAUACAUUGCGUUCGUUCACAGUCCCGGGUCACGGAUGAUUUUACUGUGUUAUGUGAGUGCUUGGUAAGACACAGGUAAGUGCUUGGCCAAUUUAGGCCUAAUAGCAUAUAAUUAUAUAAAGGAAGUUUUAGAUUGUAAAGUUAUUGCCAAUUCACCAGGGUGAAUCUACAUCCUUUCUGUAAUUUAGCCUGUUUUUGCAGCUACCCACAAGGUAUUUGCACAGGUUUUCUAAAGUCUUCCCGCUUCAGAGAGGUGAUGGUAAAGAUACCUGGGACUUACCAGCAACCUGUUUGCAGGGAAGUGGGACUAUAAGCUGAGCUGAUCUAUUGGUGGUUUGUGUGUAAGAAGAUGAGGGAGAUAGUGCUAUGACAUACUUUUAGAAAAACUUACAGCUUUGUGCAUUAAGAGGUCUGCUCUAUAUUAAUAACAUCAACUAUUUGAUUGUAUGAUUAAAUUUAAAUUAUAUAAUGUAUGCCCCCAAUUAAUUUUUUAGUAUUUUUAUUUUUAAAAAAUGCGGAGCAUGUGUGUAUAUAUGACAGCGUGUUUAGCAUGAGUGAUAAAAGAACAAUAUAUUAAGUUGGCAUAGUAUAUAUUUUACACAAAUGGACUGUUUCUUAACUUUUCUAAUGUUUCUGUAUUGUAUCUAAAAACGUAUCUAUGGUUGUUUGUUGGCAACUUGAUCCUACUUUUAAAGGCUAAAGCAGUUUGUUCUGUGCAGUAUUUUCAAGAUAAUGUCACCAGAGACAUCAUCUACUUUUUAAGAUUAUGUUUGCAUAUAGCUUCCCACAGCAGGAAAGUCCUUCUCUUUUAUAGUAUAAUAACUGGAUGAAUGUCUUUCAUCACUUCUCCCUUUGUGUGAUAUUUCCAAUAAAGUGUUUAAUCUAAACAUA